AUGUUACAAUUUACAAGACAAUUUAGUAAAUCAUCAAUUGUAAAAAAUUAUGCUAGUACAAUUAAAAAUUUAAAAAUUAAUCAAGAUACCAAAGUUAUUUAUCAAGGUUUUACUGGUAAACAAGCUACUUUCCAUGCUCAACAAGCAAUUGCAUAUGGUACAGAUGUUGUUGGUGGUAUUAAUCCUAAAAAAGCUGGUCAAACUCAUUUAGAUUUACCGGUUUUUGGUUCUGUUGCUGAUGCUAUGAAGCAAGCAGGUGCUACAGCUUCAGGAAUUUUUGUUCCACCACCAGUUUGUGCUGCUGCUAUAGAAGAAGCUAUUUCCGCUGAAAUUCCUUUAGCUGUUGCAAUUACUGAAGGUAUUCCACAAAAAGAUAUGGUUAGAAUUGCUCAAAUUUUAAAAACUCAAGAUAAAACAAGAUUAGUUGGUCCAAAUUGUCCAGGUAUCAUUUCUCCAGAUCAAUGUAAAAUUGGUAUUAUGCCACAAUCAGUUUUUAAAAGAGGUAAAAUUGGUAUUGUUUCAAAAUCUGGUACUUUAACUUAUGAAGCUGUUUCUCAAACUACUCAAGUUGGAUUGGGUCAAUCAUUAGUUAUUGGUAUUGGUGGUGAUCCAUUCCCAGGUACAAAUUUCAUUGAUGCUUUAACAUUAUUUUUAAAUGAUCCAGAAACUGAAGGUAUUAUUUUAAUUGGUGAAAUUGGUGGUACAGCAGAAGAAGAAGCAUCUGAAUUCCUUAAACAACAUAAUUUAAAUAGACCAGAAGGUGCUAAACCAGUUGUUUCAUUUAUUGCAGGUGUUUCAGCUCCACCAGGUAGAAGAAUGGGUCAUGCAGGUGCUAUAGUUGCAGGUGGUAAAGGUGAUGCUAAAUCUAAAAUUGCUGCAUUAGAAUCUGCUGGUGUAGUUGUUGAAAAAUCACCAGCUAGAUUAGGUAAUUCAUUAUUAGCUGAAUUUAAAAAUAAAAAUUUAUUAUAG